AACCCCAGGCCACGGGCCCAGCAGCCGCCGCACCGGGGGUGCACAAUGCGCGUGGCCGCCCCAGCACGUUGUCCCAGGCAACCCCAGGAAGCCGGGCGGCGCAGCGCGAGCCACUGACCCGGUCCCCGGGGUCAGAGGAGCAAAGGGCAAGCUUUCGGAGGCCAGUAUGGAACCAGAGAGGAAGGGGCUCUCGUUGGCUUCUUCUUCGGAUGGAGACGGGAGAGAAGAAAAUAAAUUAAAACAAGGAAUUUCCCAAGACUUGGCUUCUUCCUCCAGAUUAGACAGAUACAAAAUAGCAAGGCAGUUAACAGAAAAAGCAAUCAAGGAGAAGAAGAUUUUCUCUAUCUAUGGACACUACCCGGUGGUCCGGGCCGCUCUGCGAAGGAAGGGCUGGGUAGAGAAGAAGUUCCACUUUUUGCCCAAGGUCAUUCCGGAUGUCGAGGACGAAGGCGCCCGAGUCAAUGAUGAUACAUGUGCCAAAGUCAAAGAAAAUCAAGAAAUGGCUUUGGAGAAAACGGACAACAUCCACGACGUGAUGUCUGGGUUGGUAAAAAGUGAGAUGCCGUACCUCCUCUGGACCAUCAAGAGGGACAUCAUUGACUAUCACAGCCUGACCUACGACCAGAUGCUGAACCACUACGCAAAGACAGCCUCCUUCACCACCAAGAUCGGGCUGUGUGUGAACAUGCGGAGCCUGCCCUGGUACGUCCCGGCCAACCCCGACUCCUUCUUCCCACGCUGCUACAGCCUCUGCACCGAGAGCGAGCAGCAGGAGUUCCUGGAAGACUUCCGGCGCACCAUGGCAUCCAGCAUCCUCAAGUGGGUGGUCAGCCACCAGAGCUGCAGCAGGAGUGGCAGAAGCAAGCCCAGGGACCAGAGGGAGGAGGCCGGGAGCAGCGACCUGAGCAGCAGGCAAGAUGCUGAAAAUGCUGAGGCAAAGCUCAGGGGCCUCCCGGGGCAGCUUGUGGACAUCGCGUGCAAGGUGUGCCAGGCCUACCUGGGGCAGCUGGAGCAUGAGGACAUCGACACGUCAGCAGAUGCCGCGGAGGACCUCACUGAGGCCGAGUGGGAGGGCCUGACCCAGCAGUACUACUCCCUCGUUCAUGGCGAUGCUUUCAUCUCCAAUUCAAGAAAUUACUUUUCGCAGUGCCAGGCUCUGCUGAAUAGAAUCACGUCCGUGAACCCUCAGACGGACAUUGACGGGCUCCGGAACAUCUGGAUUAUAAAGCCCGCGGCCAAGUCCCGGGGCCGAGACAUCGUGUGCAUGGACCGUGUGGAGGAGAUCCUGGAGCUGGCAGCUGCAGACCACCCUCUUUCCAGGGACAACAAGUGGGUGGUCCAGAAGUACAUCGAGACGCCGCUGCUCAUCUAUGACACCAAGUUCGACAUCAGACAGUGGUUCCUCGUCACGGACUGGAACCCCCUGACCAUCUGGUUCUACAAGGAGAGUUACUUGCGGUUCUCAACACAGCGCUUCUCCCUGGACAAGCUGGACAGCGCCAUCCACCUGUGCAACAACGCCGUCCAGAAGCACCUGAAGAAUGAUGUGGGCCGCAGCCCCCUGCUGCCCGCACACAACAUGUGGACCAGCGCCAGGUUCCAGGAGUACCUGCAGCGCCAGGGCCGCGGCGCCGUGUGGGGCAGCGUCAUCUACCCGUCCAUGAAGAAGGCCAUCGCCCACGCCAUGAAGGUGGCCCAGGACCACGUGGAGCCUCGCAAGAACAGCUUUGAGCUCUACGGGGCUGACUUCGUCCUUGGGAGGGACUUCAGGCCCUGGCUGAUCGAGAUCAAUUCCAGCCCCACCAUGCACCCGUCCACGCCGGUCACAGCCCAGCUGUGUGCACAGGUGCAGGAGGACACCAUCAAGGUGGCCGUGGACCGCAGCUGUGACAUCGGCAACUUCGAGCUCCUGUGGAGGCAGCCUGUGGUUGAGCCGCCCCCAUUCAGCGGGUCCGACCUCUGCGUGGCGGGCGUCAGUGUGAGGAGAGCCAGGAGGCAGGUGCUGCCCAUCUGCAACCUCAAGGCCUCGGCCUCGCUGUUGGACGCGCAGCCGCUGAAGGCACGGGGCCCCUCGGCCAUGCCAGACCCUGCCCAGGGGCCCCCAUCACCAGCUCUCCAGCGGGACUUGGGACUGAAGGAAGAGAAGGGGCUCCCCCUGGCCUUGCUGGCACCCUUAAGGGGGGCAGCCGAGAGCGGUGGAGCCGCGCAGCCCACCCGCACCAAAGCUGCUGGGAAGAUGGAGCUCCCGGCCUGCCCCUGUCGCCACGUGGACAGUCAGGCCCCAAACACCGGUGUCCCCGUAGCCCAGCCCGCCAAAAGCUGGGAUCCAAACCAGCUAAAUGCGCACCCGCUGGCGCCUGUGCUGCGGUGUCUGAAGACAGCAGAGGGCGCGCUGCGUCCGCCGCCCGGAGGAAAAGGUUCAUGACAGCGUCAGAUUCUCUGCAGCAGGAGUACAGGUUGCAGCCACUCUCCCGCCGAACAUUGAAUAUGUGUUUCCACCAUCUUGUCUUUGCUGUGGCUCUGGGAAAAUCAGCAGAGUCAGCCAUCACUCUCCAAGGGGAGCUGUCGGUUCUAUCUGCCAGCUUUUGAGUGUUCAAUUUGAUUUUUACUUAUUCAACCUGGAA